AUGGAAACACAGCACAUGCAACACCACCACCAUCACCAUUUCGUGCUUGUCCAUGGAUCAUGUCAUGGAGCAUGGUGCUGGUUCAAGCUGGCGGCAAAGCUCAAGGCCGACGGUCACCGAGUGACAGCUAUUGAACUUGGUGGGUCCGGGAUCGACACGAGGCGGCUCGACGAGAUUCGUUCUGUCUCGCCUUUGAUGAGUUUCAUGGGCUCUCUUCCUAAAGAAGAGAAAGUGGUUCUUGUUGGCCAUAGUUAUGGUGGUAUUGGGACAUCUCUGGCCAUGGAAAGGUUUCCGACCAAAAUCUCUGUCGGAAUCUUCAUCUCCGCAUACAUGCCACACCAUGAGUCUCCUCCUUCCGUUCUCAUUCAAGAGUAUUUCAAACGACUUCCUGAUGGAUUCGCCAUGGAUUGUGAGUUUACAUUCGAGGAAGGACCAGAACAGCCGCCAACUUCAGUUAUGUUCGGUAAUAAUUUCUUGAAGAAGGCAUAUACUAAUUGCCAGCCAGAGGAUAUAGAACUAGCCAUGGCGUUGGUGAAACCGAGCUGGUUAUACCCAAAGGAAAUGGAAAGUAAAGAUAUGCUGACGAAGGAGAACUAUGGAUCUAGGAAAAGAGUGUUUAUAGUCUGUGAAGGCGACAAUGUGGUUCCAGAGGAGAUUCAGAAGUGGAUGAUUAGUAACUACAAACCCAAUGAAGUGAAAGUGGUUGAAAAAGCUGGUCACAUGGCUAUGAUCACUAAGCCUCAACAGCUUUCUCAACUGCUACAGGAAAUAGCAGCGAAAUACAACUGAUAAAAUGUAACAAUUUAUUGAGUUUGAGUAUCCUGAAAUUAAAGCUUGCCAUCUGGAGUUUUGUAUGAAUCACGAUAUGAUUCGUUAUAUUAAAUGAUAUGAAUAAAUAGGGUGAGUGAUUCUAAAUAUUCUGUAUUACAUUGCUUGCUGUAUUUGGAUGGGGCAGUUUCACAUUGGUUUAAACAGUAUCUUAUACCUUUCGGAUUUGGAUUGUGG